GGAUUUAGAACGUUGUUUAUAUUUUGAAGGAUUCGAAUUAGGGUUCGUGCAUUCGCCCGCCUUGCUCACUCUGCCUUUUAAUUUUCUCCGGCAACUUCUACCUGGAGGUGAAGAUGAAGCCAAUGAGCUCGCCGAUGGAGGUUUCGCACCACCACCCCCACGAAGAUGCCGAUCGUGGCAUGUCGGAGGCCAUAUCUGGGCAACCCCAGCUCGCCUCUCUGUCGAUCCCCGUCGCAGAUGAGAAGGUCCUUGUGUCGGUCGAGGUCUGCUUGAAACCAUCGAGCACGGCACAGCCCGAUGAUAUACGCACUGCAGUAGAAAGGAUGCUGGAGAAGAGGAGCAUGACGUAUGUGGAUGGACCCAUUCCAGUGCCUACUGAUGAUCUUUUUCUUCUUGAAAAUGUUAAAAGAAUCUUGAUUUGUGAUACAGAUGAAUGGGUGGAGAAUCAUAAGGUCCUACUGUUUUGGCAAGUCAAACCAGUUGUGCAUGUUUAUCAGCUUAGUGAAGAGGGGCCAGGAGAGGAACCAAGCGGAGAUGAUAUGCUUGCUAGCUUCAAUGAGUGGAUUCUACCAGCAAAGGAAUUUGAUGGAUUGUGGCCAAGCUUAAUUUAUGAAACUGGUCUCAAGCAGCGAUUGUUGCGAUAUGCUGCAACUGCACUUUUGUUUACGGAAAGAGGUGUAGAUCCUUGCCUUGUGUCAUGGAAUAGGAUUGUCCUUUUACAUGGGCCUCCAGGAACGGGCAAGACAUCUUUGUGUAAAGCAUUGGCUCAAAAGCUUUCUAUACGUUUCAAGUCAAGGUAUCCCUUGUGCCAGCUGGUAGAAGUCAACGCGCACUCAUUAUUUAGUAAAUGGUUUUCAGAAAGUGGGAAAUUGGUUGCUAAGCUUUUUCAGAAAAUUCAGGAAAUGGUGGAAGAAGAAAAUAACCUUGUGUUCGUCUUGAUUGAUGAAGUUGAAAGUCUUGCAGCUGCUAGACAAGCAGCCUUGUCCGGUUCAGAACCAUCAGACUCCAUACGGGUUGUGAAUGCAUUGCUUACUCAAAUGGAUAGAUUGAAAUCUUGGCCUAAUGUGAUAAUUCUGACUACAUCAAACAUAACAACAGCCAUUGAUAUUGCUUUUGUUGACCGAGCGGAUAUCAAGGCUUAUGUAGGCCCUCCUACACUGGAAGCACGAUAUGAAAUAUUAAGGUCAUGCCUAGAAGAAUUAUUGCGAGCUGGGAUUGUUUCAUAUCCUCCUCAGGUUUGUGUUGGUGCUCUGCUGUUAAGCUAUUCAGCACUGAAAGAGACACUCCAUACAUCUCAGAUGGAUGAAUCUGAUGGGCCCUUUGACCACUCCAGUCUACUUCUUGAUGCUGCAAAAGCAUGUGAGGGAUUAAGUGGAAGAGGUUUGAGAAAGCUGCCUUUCUUGGCUCAUGCAGCUCUUAAGGACCCAUAUAAUUGUGAUUCAAAUAAGUUUUUGCUCAUGUUAAUAGAAACCGCAGUGCGAGAACUUUCUGAAUCGAAAACAUAAUCUCUCAUCUUCAACUUUGUGGAUAGUUGGCAAUGACAGAAUGUCAUUUCAUGUGAUAAUUUUUGCUCAGUGCUGUGCCAUCUUUACAUUACCAGAAUAGGACACUCAAGACAGCUGAACCAUAAAUGUACUGGAAAAAGUUUUAGAUUGAUCUCAAUUGAGUA